UGCACUCGCCGUACUUUGAAGAAAAAUUGACUUUUACUCAGUUUGGCUGGUGCGGGCACCCGUAUUAUCGCCUUGUUACCAAGGCAGCCACGAAGAAGCUGUGAAGGGAGCGGACCGAGCAGUUAUGGACAUCCGAAAAGGCUGAGUUCGGAUGAGUUUUUUUCAGCUUAAGCUGCCACCAUGGGUACCGCAUCCUCUCUGGUCAGCCCAGGGGAGGUUAUUGAGGAUGGAUAUGGAGGUGAAGGUGGGGAAGCCUGUGAGAUCCCAGUGGAGGUUAAACCCAAAGCCCGACUCCUGCGCAGUUCCUUUCGCAGAGGACCUCGGGUGAUUGGGGCCAGUUUCAAAUCCACAGGCUCUGUGGAUCUAGAGUAUGCUGCCGAGUAUGAAAGACUCCGAAAAGAGUAUGAAAUCUUCCGUGUCAGCAAGAAUAACGAGAUCUCAUCUAUGCAAAAGAAGGAGGCCAAGCUGGACGAGGAGAACAAGAGGCUGAGAGCUGAGCUACAGGCUCUGCAGAAGACUUACCAGAAGAUCCUAAGAGAAAAAGAGAGUGCUCUUGAGGCAAAGUAUCAGGCUAUGGAGAGGGCUGCCACCUUUGAACAUGACAGGGACAAAGUAAAACGACAGUUUAAGAUUUUCCGGGAGACAAAAGAAAAGGAGAUUCAGGAUCUCCUGCGAGCCAAGAGGGACUUGGAGGCCAAACUGCAACAGUUGCAGGCACAGGGCAUCCAAGUCUAUGACCCAAAUGAUUCUGACUCAGAUGACAACCAAACCACUGUGACUGCUGCAGGGACACAGUGUGAGUACUGGUCUGGUGGUGUGCUGGGAAGUGAGCCCUCUAUGGGUAGCAUGAUGCAGCUUCAACAGACCUUCCGGGGGCCUGAGUUUGCACACAGUCUGAUAGAUGUGGAGGGACCCUUUGCGAAUGUGAGCAGAGACGACUGGGAUGCUGCUGUGGCCAGUCUGCUUCAGGUCUCCCCACAUGUGCCCCAGGCCUUAUGGAGUAACACGGUGCGCUGCUAUCUAAUCUUUACCCAGGAGACCAAAGCCGAGCUUGACAUCUUUGUUAAGAAACACUCUCCUGUGCUACGGAGAAUGUGUGAAGGUCUUGGCCAUUUCUACCUGAAUGUCUCCUUCCCGGAAGAAAAUGCUGCCUCAUACAUUGUGGAGCGCAGACAGGAGAUUGAAAGGAGUUCUGUGUGUGUGCUUCUUCUCAAAUCUACUGUCACUAGCUCUGUGGUGGAGGAUUGUGAGGAGGCUUUUGUGAAGAAUCCAGAUGGCCAUCCACUAGUGCUCUACCUCAGGACUGAAGAAGAUCACAAUCUGACUGAACCCACCAGGCAACUGCUAGAGAAGGUCAAUGCUGCAGACAAGGCUGCUAAAGUCAAGGUGGUGGAUCAUAGUGGUUCUGCAGAGGAGGGGGCUGACCUAAUUUAUGCCCAACUAGAGAAAGUGAUCAAACAGGAGCUGCUGGGCCUUGAAGGAGCAGACAUUGACUCUAAGGACUCUGGGAUAGAGGAGGGACGUGAGGAAGACUCAGGAGAUGUGCUGUGGGACCUACACGAUGAGCAGGAACAAAUGGAGUCCUACCAGCAGGCCUGUAACAGCACCACCUCCCAGUUAGGCUUUCAGAAGUAUAUAGAUCGUCUGAAUGACAUGAUAGCUGCUCCCCCUCCCACCCCUCCUCUGCUGGUUUCUGGUGGUCCAGGCUCAGGGAAGUCUCUCUUGCUCUCCAAAUGGAUCGAGCAGCAGCAGAAGCAGUCCCCCAACACUUUGUUCCUUUAUCAUUUUGUUGGUCGUCCACUUUCAACCAGCUCGGAACCAGUUCUUAUUAUCAAACGUUUCACAGUCAAACUGCUGCAGCAUUUUUGGUCCAUUUCUGGCUUGUCCAUGGAGCCCAGUAAAAUCUUGGAGGAGUUUCCACGCUGGCUUGAAAGGCUAUCAGCACGUCAUCAAGGAAACAUCAUCAUCAUCAUUGACUCCAUUGACCAAAUACAGCAAGCGGAACGACACAUGAAGUGGCUGAUUGAUCCUCUCCCUGUUAACGUCAGAGUGGUGGUGUCUGUUAAUGUAGAGACAUGUCCUCAAGCUUGGAGGUUGUGGCCCACACUCCACUUAGACCCCCUUAGUCCCAGAGAGGUCAAGAGUGUUGUUAAUGCAGAGUUCCAGAGCAUGGAUCUCAAAUUUACCAAGGACCAGGAGAAGAAGCUGGAAAGACAUUGUCGCUCUGCAUCCACCUGCAAUGCAUUGUACAUUACACUACUGGCAAGGAUGAUCAUCAGCAGUAUACCAUGUUCCUCACUGGAUAAGAGCCUGGAGCAGUGCCUGCAGUGUCAGGACACCAUGUCACUGUACCGCCAGGCACUCAAGAUGACACUGAACUCCCUCAACACAGACAAAGAGCGACACAUUAUGAGAGAGGUACUGUGCCUUGUAUGUGCCAGCCAUAACGGAGUGAGUGAAUCAGAGGUACUAGACCUGUUUCCAGAUGUGGAGUUGCCUGUUCUUUCCUCUCUGCUUCACCGUCUGAACAGACUCUGCGUUGUAACCCUCCGCUGUGGGCUCAUCAGGUUUAAACACCUGCAGGCUUGGGAAGCUGUGAGGUUAGAGUUCCUGGGUGGAGGAAGCAGCUCUGCUACUUACAGAGAGAAACUCAUCCAUUACUUCAGUCAGCAGCUCAGCCAGGACCGGGUGACUUGGCGUGUCGCAGAUGAGCUGCCUUGGCUGCUCCAGCAGCAGGAGGAUAGGACUAAAUUACAACUUAGCCUCCUGAACUUGUUUGUCUCCCAAAACCUAUACAAGAGGGGUCAUUUCUCUGAGCUGCUAGCCUAUUGGCAGUAUGUGGGCAAAGACAAAAGCUCAAUGGCCACUGAGUACUUUGACUCCUUGAAACACUAUGAGAAGAGCUGUGAGAGUGAAGACAGCAUGACCAAGCUGGCAAACCUCUAUGAGACACUGGGACGUUUCCUUAAAGACUUGGGCCUCCCUAGUCAGGCUGUAGCCCCUUUACAAAGAUCCCUUGAGAUUAGGGAGACAGCUUUGGACCCGGACCAUCCCAGUGUAGCUCGAUCCCUGCACCAACUGGCUGGGGUUUACGUUCAGUGGAAGAAGUAUGGUAACGCGGAGCAGCUGUACAAGCAGGCACUGGAGAUAAGUGAGAACGCCUACGGAGCUGAGCAUGCCAGCGUGGCACGGGAGCUGGAGUCGCUUGCCAUGCUCUAUCAGAAACAAAACAAAUAUGAACAAGCAGAGAAACUCAGGAAGAUGUCGGUUAAGAUCCGCCAGAAGACUGCUCGCCAGAAAGGUCAUAUGUACGGCUUCACUUUGUUGAGGCGCAGAGCCCUGCAGCUGGAAGAGCUGACCCUGGGAAAAGACUCUGCAGACUGUGCCAAGACACUCAAUGAACUGGGUGUCCUCUACUACCUCCAAAACAACCUGGAUGCUGCCAAAGUGUUCCUGACCCGCUCUCUGGAGAUGCGUCAGCGUGUCCUCGGCCCUGAUCACCCAGACUGCGCUCAGUCUCUGAACAACCUGGCUGCACUUCAUACAGAGAGAAGGGAGUAUGAGACAGCUGAAGAUAUGUAUGAGAAGGCAUUGGACAUCCGUAAGAAGGCCUUGUCCCCGGAUCACCCCUCGCUGGCAUACACACUCAAACAUCUGGCCAUGCUCUAUAAACGCAGAGGAAAGCUGGAAAAAGCCCUGCCACUGUAUGAGCUGUCUCUGGAAAUCAGGGAGAAAAGUUUCGGGCCCAAACAUCCCAGUGUGGCCACAGCGCUGGUCAAUCUGGCUGUAAUCUACUGCCAAGUAAAGAAGCACAGCGACGCCUUGCCGCUUUAUGAGCGAGCACUGAAAGUGUAUGAGGAUAGUCUGGGGCGCUCACACCCACGAGUUGGAGAGACCCUAAAAAAUCUGGCUGUGCUAAGUUAUGAAGAGGGUGACUUCGAGAAGGCAGCGGAGCUUUACAAACGUGCGAUGGAGAUAAAGGAGGCGGAGCCAUCGUUGGUGUUUGGGAACGCCCCGUCCCGCCACUCCUCCAGCGGGGACACAUUCAGUCUGAGGGGACCUGGUCCUUUCCCACAUGCCCUGAGGUGACUGUGUUCAGCUUUUUAGUGCCACAGCCCAAUAAAAGCUGUUUUGACAGCUUUAAAAUCAUCAGACCACAGGGUUUAAUCAAAUAGAGAACCAUUCUGAUCAUCACACUGUGUCUGUUGUCAGACAUUUAAAGUUUUGGUCAAAUAGACUGUACCUGCCAGUAUGAUUCCAAAAUCUGCCAUAUUAGUCUGUGAAACCAGUGUGUUUACCAAAAGUAUUUAUUAAUAUUUCUAACAUACUCUUGUGUCUAAGGAUCUCUGAACUUCCUUUAAAUCAGUCCUGGAACUCAGGUUUACAUUUAUGCUCAUUCAGAUUCAAACAAUUCAUUCCUAUUUACAUGCCUCAAGUUAUACAUCAUCAAAAUAGGAAUAGAAUGCCAUGAGGGUUUGGUAUAACCUUACCUAUAAAACCUGAUUAAUGACCAGAAACAUUUAUUGUGUUCUAAUAUACAGCAGAUAUUACUCUAUGCACUUUCCUUUGGGUGAAUUAGGGAUUCAGGUUACAAAUUUCAAAUGAAUAGUCCUAAUAAUGCAGUAAAAAAAAAAACUGCCUCAAGCUUUUUUUUAAUGGACUGAAGUAUGAACAGACAUGUCUGUAACUCAGUGUAAUGUGUAAUCAUGCUGUCACUCCCUAUAACUGUUCAGGCCUCAAAACAGAUUUGUCACCAUGUCUACAUUCCUAAUGUUGUGAUGAAGGAUUUCAGAGAACUGCUGUCUUUUAAGUGAAAUGUAUGCAGUGUGGAAAAUUGAUAUGUUUACAUGCCAUUAAGAUACCAUUUAUGUUUACCUAUCAGUAUUAAGUAUGUGAACCAAAAAGAGGAAAUGUAGAACCGAAGAUAAGUGUCUAAAAUAGGCAUAGAACAUGUUUGAAUGUCCGGUUGAAUUUAUGCAAAACUUACUGUUUAUUUAUUCAUUUUCCAAAAGGGUUUUAAGAGAUUUGCCAAGCCGUAACAGUACCACAGGUGUCCAGAAUAAGGUACAAAUAAGUAAUGAUUUAUUGCGUGACUGAAUGCACACAAAUCCAAAAGGGACUCUAAAACCUGUUGUUUCAUUGCCAAAUAUAGUACCUACAGGGUAUCGCAAGUGUUAUUAUAUAUUCACCUAUUCAUGUAAAAUGUAUACUCUGUAAAACCUGUACAGGACAACAGCAAGACUCACAUCCAGUAUAUCGAAAAGAUUGUAUUCCAUCUAAUAAAUACUUUAUUGAGACAAA